UAAUUAAAUUUACAAAACGCUAGCUUGAAAUAAUGUUUCAUUCUUACCGUAUUGAACGAUUAAAGAUAUUCGAGACACGCGACAGCAUUUCCAGAAAAUCCUGUCGUUUCUCCAUGACGAGUUCUAGGCAAUAACAAAAUGCGGGCAAGCGCGAGCCAAGCCUAAAUUUCACCGUAAAACUGGGUCAGUAUGAAAAGCCCGUUAACCGGCCAGUCAAGUUUCAAUCGCCCAGCAAGGAGGCACAUCUCGAGGAGAUGUCCUCUCGUCUCGCUUGAGCGCAGAGACAAGAUCAAGGACGCAAAAUGAGGGCCGCCUGCUGGCUGCUGUUGAUCAUCGUCUUCGCGCAAUUGUGCUCGCGCCUGGAAUCGAGAGUCGAGGAAGGUUUCACGACAGGAAGAAUCGUUAGCAGCGAGCUCGAGGAUUUCUCGCAAUCGCAGGAAGAUCUGGAGCAAUUCAAGGCGCUGUUGAAACAGACCACGAAUUCUUCGACAUCGGGAAACAGCACGGUCACCGCGACUAGGCAACCAUGCCAGUGUGGCGGCGGUGUCUGCGGAUGUUGUUCGAGAAUCCUGUACGGACAAAAGGCGUGCGUGAACGUCUCAUACGAUCCUGACGAAUUCAGCUUCACCGCCAAAAUCAUGAUGAACGACAGAGUUCUUUAUACGAGGACUGUUUCCGGAAAGAAUCCUAGACCGAUUUGCGUUCCUGUUCCGAGGCUACCGAUCAGAGCGUGCGUCAGAUUUUAUAAUAUAUAUUUCCAAGGCAGGAAUAUUCAUCUGUGUGUUAAUCUGGAAGGAAAAUUCCAGGAUACUACAUUGUUUAAGGUUAAUUUUGACUGUCUCAGAUUCGGUUCAAACGGAUUAGCUUUGUUAAAGCCAGAGGACGGAGGUGGUUUAGGCUUUGGUCAAGUAGAACUUCUUCCGGAAGAUGCGAACGAUGACGACUACGAUGACGAGGAUGAUGAUGAUUAUGACGAUGACGACGACGACGAUGAUAUAUUCUAAAAAUAUCUUUCGAAAACAGAUAAUAAUGAUAUUGUGCGUUUUCCAACAAGCAACACAAGUGUUGUUCUGUCUUUGUUAUUCAUUGCCAAAAAAAGAGAGUCGUUUAUGUCGACUUGUGUCGCUUGUUAGAAAAUGCACACUAUAAAAGUUGAU